AUGCGCUGUUGCCUGCGGACCACGCAGAAGACAAACCGCGUCCGCCUUGAAGUGCAACGUCACCCACGCUGCGGCUCAACAAAGUGCUGCGACGGCGGUGGCGGCGAGGAGCAGCAGCGGAGAGAAGCCGGCAGCUGCCAGAGCACCAUCGCCGUUGGACUGCGGGGCAGCCGGGGGGUGCACCCUCUCGCGGGAUGCACCGUCUUCGGUGUCGCGGCUCUCCGGAAGCCCAGGCGAGGGCGGCGGCAAGGGCACUUCCGCCGGAGGCACAGGGGCCGACGGGGGGGGAUGCAGGCGAUUUGUGCGGAUCAGGCGAUUUGUGCGGUUCAGGCAACUCAGGCUUCGGAGGCGGUGCAGACGGUGCGGGGGGCUGGGAGGGACCUUUCUCUUCCACUCCUUGUCGUUUGCCGUCCCAUUGAACCCCUGGGGUCACGCCGCUGCCGGUGG